AUGAAAGAUCUUCUGUCAAAGAAGCGCAAGUUGAAGGAGUGUAAAACAGUGACCUUAACUGAAGAAUGCAAUGCGAUCAUCCAGAAGAAACUUCCUCCCAAUCUAAAAGAUUUGGGUAGCUUCAGCAUUCCUAUAGCCAUAGGAAAUAUCGAAGUAGGAAAGGCAUUAUGUGAUUUGGGAGCAAGUAUAAAUUUGAUGCCACUUUCCACGUGCAAGGCUCUCGAAAUCAAAGAGCUAAAAGCAACUACGGUUUCUCUCCAGUUAGCUGACAGAUCGAUCAGACGACCUGAUGGAGUUAUAGAGGAUGUUUUUGUAAAAAUUGACAAAUUUAUUUUUCCUGCAGAUUUUGUAAUCCUGAAUAUGGAAGAAGAUGCAGAGAUUCCUCUACUACUCGGAAGGCCUUUCCUAGCUACUGCAAGAGCAAUGAUCGAUGUGGAGAAAGGGAAACAGAUGUUGAGGAUGAAUGAAGAGACAGUCACCAUUGAUGUCUUCGAGUCAAUAAGCAUCCGUCAGAUAGAGGAGACUGUUUCAUGGUUGAUAUAA